GAUACUUGUGCACGUGUAUAUGACACAAAGCCUUAUGGAGUGGGAGUGGGUGUCUCAGACUCGCAUGGUACAGAGGGAAGGCAACUUGCUAUUACACAAGUAGUUACCUUUUCCCCUGUAGGCUCGGCGGUAAUGGGACCACCUCCGGGGCUCAACACGGAACUCACAGUGACAUAAAGAAAACAGUCCGUGGGCUUUGGAAGAGGACAAGCCCAGUGUGUCUUCAGGAGGGGUUCGACUUUGCACUGCCUGAAACUCCUUCGCUUCCAGUACAAGAGCCUGGAGAGAUAUAUGUGAUGAAGGCGAUCUUGCGAGCACACUAGCUACAACAACGCGAGUCAUCCAUAGGCAAAUUCCUCACCCACACUAGUCAGGAAAGCCCGGCUUGGCUGAGCAGAGAAGCUUCUGGGUGCUGUGGUCCUGGGGAAAGUCAGCUGAUAAGCAUCACUAAUCACCCUGGAGAAGAGCCGAGCUGUUAGUCGCUUGGAGAAAGUUCUGUUGGUUUUCCCCUCUCAGCUGUAUGUCUGGUAAAAGAAGAGGACUCAGGGAAUAUUCUGGGGAAUCUCGGACUGCAGUGGUUGAGCUAUGUCUGUUAAUUGUUACUCUGAUCUGCAGUAGGAGUUGAAUAAUGGGGUUAGGACGUGUGCUACGUGCAGAGGACUUGAUUAAACGGAGAUGGAUAGAGGGCAUCAGCAGGGAAAGUGUAUAAGGAGUGAAGUUCACACUGCAAACCUGUCAGAGGUUGUGCCUAGUGUUCAGUGUGUUGGGAUGGGGGUGGAACGAUUCCAACAAUAUCCCAUGAAGGCAUCUCAUCCAACAUCUGAUGUCCAAUCCUCUACAAACUCCCUAGAUGGGGUUCAUCAGUGCCACAAUCACCUCACUUCUGUACAGAUUAAAGCCAAUGUUGAGGUCUCCUCUGCUGAACAGGAAGAGCAGGUAGCAUUACUAGCCUGUCCAGUGACUACACUUAGGGCUAUGGGUUUGGCCAGUGGAGAGAUGCAGCUGGUGAGAGCUGCAAAGAGUGGGACAGUAGUCAGCAGAGAGAGGGGAUUCAUCCGAGAAAUUGAUAAUAACAACCCCUGCCAAGAAGUUGGAAUACAAAUGAAUGGAAGGACAGAUGGCUUUGCCACUAAAAGAAAAUUUAUGGAAAAUGAACUAACGGAGAUUGGUGUUAGGGGGAUUGCCCCAGAGAGUGGUCCUUCAGUAUUCCCUCCCAUGGAGGGUAAAAGACGCAAGACAGAGGUACACGAAGAUGCCCAUAUUCACCAAGAAUCCAGUUCCACAAGAGAAGGGCAACUUGCACAAAGGCCUGUGGGUAUCAAAAGUUCAGCAGUAUCUCCCCUACGAAUGUCAUUAGACUACAUUGUUCCCUGCAUAACAUACUAUGGUAUUUGUGUCAAGGAUCACUUUUUAGGAGAAGCACUAGGAUCCAGGGUCUUGGAAGAAGUGCAGAUGCUUAAUAGAAGUGGAAAAUUUCGGGAUGGCCAGCUUGUCAGUCAGAGGACCAUACCAUCCAAAAACAUCCGUGGAGACCAAAUUGCCUGGGUGGAAGGGAAGGAGCCUGGCUGUGAGAACAUUGGGGCAUUGAUGUCCAAAAUAGAUGAGGUCAUUAUGCACUGCAAUGGGAAAAUGGAGAAUUAUGUCAUCAAUGGAAGAACUAAGGCAAUGGUGGCAUGUUAUCCUGGAAAUGGCAUGGGAUAUGUCCGACAUGUGGAUAAUCCGAACAGAGAUGGACGCUGCUUAACCUGUAUCUAUUACCUUAAUCAGAACUGGGAUGCCAAGGUUCAUGGGGGGCUCCUGCAGAUUUUCCCCGAGGGACGUUCGGUGGUUGCCAACAUUGAGCCAUUAUUUGAUCGGUUAUUAAUCUUCUAUUCAGACCGGCGCAAUCCUCAUGAAGUAAAACCAGCCUUUGCCAUGCGUUAUGCCAUCACUGUCUGGUAUUUCGAUGCAAAGGAGAGAGCAGAGGCCAAAAAUAAAUACAGGCUAGCUGCCGGACAGAAAGGCAUUCACGUCCCAGUCUCGUGCCCUGGUACUGUGUAACAGGGAUUGGUUAACUUGCUGCUGCUCAUAAUGUUGGAGUGACUACCAAAAUUCAGCUGCUAUUACCCUGACAUAGGCUGGAUACUACAUGCUUAUGUAAUCACCUGCAAACAUUUUCUACAGCCGUGGAUAAAGAGAAGUCACAGAGGGUGGAGUCAUCCAGCUGUUAAAAUUGUGCAGAUUCUGUUUCCUAAAUUUAAAUCAUUGUAUUUCACAAAAUGACAAGUAAUAUGAAGGCAGUUUCAAUGAGUUAAAGCAGAGACAUGGUGGGUUAUAAGUAUUAGGUAUUCACUUGGAUCCUAGAGAUGUGCAGAGGGUUACAGGCCAUGGUUAAAUAUUUUUGUUCUUCAAGUUCAAUACCUGUACAUGGGAGAUUUUUGUCUUUUCCUGUACAGCAUAAUUUAGCUCUGACCUGUCUGUUCUUAGACAUCAAAAUGUUGUUUCAUCAGAUAAGAACCCGGUGCAAUUUAUAAGGGGACGAGAGUGAUCAUGUCUCCACAGAUGAACAAAAAUCACCAUGGUGGAGGUAUCUGUUAUUUAUUUCUUAGAAAUACACCUGAGCAAUAACUGUGCCAUAUGUUGUAGACUAUUGUUAUCACAUUACUUAGAUUACUGUGGUAUUCAACACCUGAAGACUUAAUUUUUAGGUUACCUUUCCCUUUAAAGUGCUCCUUUGGAGAGUGACUGUCAAGCUAGAAGCCCAUAACAAGAAUUCUGCGGUCCUCGAACUGCUGAAGGGCUCUGUAGACUUCUGAAUGGCAUCAUUUGAACAUGUGGUAUGAGAAAUAUCCAUCUCCAUUGUAUAAAUGUAGAGCAGGCACUCAAAGAGCAGUCUUCACAAACACAAGUGUGAAAUCAAAUUUAUUUAGGUACACAUAAGAUCAAAAAUAUUUGACUGCUCUUUGAAUUCCUGUUCUACAUCUGUACGGUUGGAUCCGCUCCCUUAACUGAAGGCUCAGGCAGGUGUACCUGGGCCUCUUCCAGUAUGCAAGGAGUUAUGUGAACUACUUAUGGGCCAUCUUUAGAUUCUUCAAAGUUUGAACAGCACUGCUAUACAGAUUGACAAAAAUUGGUUGGUUGGAGAGAAGGGUGGAGAAUUUGAGGAUCUUGUCACAACAGGCUACCUCUAGCCACUCUCUGUGCACCUGCAAAGCCUCUCAAAUUCCAGAAAUGGUUAAUGUGAGAAAUCCACUUGUGGUAGGGAAGGUUUACUUUCCUAUCUGCUGGAGGAAUGUCAGAUUUUUUAUGUGAAAGAAAGAUAAAGAUUUCUAUUGUAUCUGCAAUAAAAAUACCUCAUUAUGA